UAUCUAUCUGCUCACCCUCCAGCCAGCUGUUCUGUUUCCUCCACUUUUCUUCACAGUUCUUCAACCACCAUGACAGCAGCUGGAACCAUUCGUGUCCCCCAGAAGGAUGGCUCGCCUCUGCGACUCGAGUUCGCCACAAUCGACGAUCUGAAUGAGAUCACCGAUCUGUGGUACAAUGCCUUCUCACCCGGCAUGUUAUUCCUCUGGCCGGACACCCCCGGGGUGCGCCAGUGGUGGAACGAAGCCAACCGCCAUGACAUGCUCCACAAACCCAACGCGAAGUAUCUCAAGGUCGUGGACACAGCGCAGAAUGGCCGCAUCGUCGCGUACGCCAAGUGGUCGCUGGAGACCGCCGAAGAGCGCGGACCACGGUGGCCCGCGUGGCAUUCCGAGAUGGACCCGGCCUUGAUGGAUAAAUUUCUGGGCCACUUGGAGACCAACCGGGCGACGGCUGUCGCAGGUGCUCCCAAGAACUUCUAUCUUGAUAUGCUAGCGACGCAUAGCGACUACCGGAAACGGGGCGCGGCACGCUUGUUGCUGGAAUGGGGGUGCGAGGUGGGCGACGAGGAGAAUGCGCACAUUUAUAUCGACGCGAGCACCGACGGUCAGCCGGUCUAUCAGAAGUUCGGCUUUGUGAGCAAGAAUGAUCCUUUGGUCGAUCCGUUCGAGGUGGCGGCCAUGGUGAGACAUCCUGGGUGGAAAUCGGUUUGACGUCAACGUGUCCAGGUGUUUUGGAACUGCAGAUCAUGAGAUGGUACAACGGCACAUUCUAGCAGUGAGAUGAUUGACAGACAUAGAUAAUUUGGUUAACAUUGAGAAAGCGUGGUGCCUUCCUUACCCACGGCAGUGCAUCUCAGAUCCUGUUUUUUGGCUAGAUUAAUAUAAGG